AUGUUUCAGCAAUUCCAGUUCCGUCAUAUCCCCGCGCUGAUUGCCGGUUCCACUAUGGCAUUCGGUGGUUUAUGGCCCAUGUUUAAUGCUCGCGCCGCGAUGCUCGAGUUCGGUCUGCCGCCUCGUGUUGCCAACACGCCUGCUGCAGCGCCAGUGAUGAUUGUUGGCAAUGUGCGCACCACAAUCAUUGGCACGUUGAUACUUCUGUUUUACUUUCGCCAACAACUGGAUGUCGUCGACACGUUUUUGGCUGUUACUGGCGCGUAUGCUGGCUUGGUGGAUAGUUAUGUUGUCUGGAAAGAGGGCAGUCCUUCUAAGGCAACGUUUCGCUUGAUAAGUUCAUGGUUGAUCGCGGCUUGGGGUAUUUUUGGAAUGACGGCUGGCCGUUGA